GUUUGUUUGUUUUGUAUUAUUGUUAUUAAAUCUAGAGUCAAUGGUCUUACUUUUGGAUUUUCAAGCAGUGUUUUGAAAAGUAUGGAUAUCACUGACAGCAGAAGGAAAAAAUUUGGCCGUCAAACUUACGGAUCCCUUGUGAUAUUUAUGGGUUUAGCUGUGUCUCAAUGGAUUCUGGUCUGCCUGGUGGAAAGUGGUCGUAGUAUAUUCCGUGACUUUGAGUUUAUUUGCUCGGGCACCUUUGUUCUAGCUGGCUUAUUUUUCACAGUUUUCGUUUUUAACCAAAGUGUUCGCAACCAUAAGAUCUAUAGCUGGGUUGUAGCUUUUGUGAUAGUGGAACUGGAGAUAUUUUCGAUGUAUGUGCUAGUAGCUCGCACUUGGGUUCCAGAUCUGCUGGCCUGUUUCUUUUUCUGCACGCUCCUGAUGAUCGUAGCCCUGGUCGUUGGAUGUCAUCUUUCGUUUUCGAUGGAUUUAACUCGCUACAUAGCUCCGCUUUUUAUCUUGAGCUUUGUAUUGUCCAUGAUGUCCACAUAUUUUCUGUUGGCCCAUUUGUUUUUGCCAAACCUGAUGCCUUAUGCCUAUCUCAUCUUUGAGCUCGGCCUAACCUUUGUAAUGACAUCGAUGAUCAUGCUGCAUGCUCAAACAAUUAAUGGAGAUCGGUAUAUCCAGAUGAGGCUUAAUGAUUUUAUCUUGGCCGCUUUGUUGGUCUUCCACGAAUUUCUGCUCAUGUACGCACUAACAUUCUAUUGGCAGAUUCAUUACAACUACUUCACAUCAGCUGACUUCUUCUGGAUGUCGACUAGUACCCCAAAUACACAAGGAACAACACCCGAAUAUCCGGAGUAUGGUGAUUACGACAAAAACACAUCUGACGAUGACUGGUCGCCUAAAAAUGAAACCAAUUAUGAUUGGUUACUAGAUAAUUGGGAUACUAUAGCUGCCGAAAAUUCAAUAAUGUAAAGCCGCGUGACGUGCUGCCGUUAAAGAUUAUAAGUAUGCAGCAAUGCAAUACGGUUAUAGAAU